GGAGGAGGAAGAGGAGGAAGGAGAGAGUGCCGCGCACGCGCACUCAGCGAGGCUUGCUACCAACCUGCUCUUUUCCCGUCCUCCUCCGCGUGAGUCGCGGCGCGAAGCGCGUGCUCGGCGUCCUUGCAGGUCUUGGGUGGCUAUCCUCUUUUUCGAAGAUGACGAGGCCAGCCGUCAUUUCUUCCUGCCUUUGGUCCGUCAGGCAGUCGCCACGACCCGAGUUGGUCAGUGAGACUCAGCUAUUCGUCAGUAUGGCAGUCAGGGCUACUUCUGCCGCUUCCCAGUCCGAUAUGAGACCUACUCUGUGGUGAGUGCCUCACCAGGGAGGCUCCAGGCUCCUAUAAAAACAGGCUUCCCUGAAAGUUAUUUUCUGCAAUACAGUGGAUACAGUUUGUUAUGGCUACUCUGAGUGUUAUAGGUUCAAGUUCACUUAUUGCUUAUGCUGUAUUCCAGAACAUACAGAAAUCUCCAGAGAUAAGGCCACUCAUUUAUCUGAGCUUCUCUGACCUCCUCCUGGGGAUAUACUGGCUCAUUGAGGCACUUCUCUAUGGAACUUCAGCAGCCAAUAAGGACAUUGUCUGCUAUAACUUGCAAGCAGUUGGACAGAUAUUCUACAUUUCCUCAUUUUUCUACACUGUCAAUUACAUCUGGUACCUGUACAAAGAGCUGAGGACGAAACCCCACCAGAGUGGACAGAGCACAGUUCCACUGGUUAUAGGUUAUACCUGUCGAGUUAGUCAAAUAGCCAUCAUUUUGUCAAGCCUGAUACCUCUACUAUUGAUGAUACCUGUAUUCUGUUUGGGCAAUGCCAGUGAAUGUUUCCGCAACUUCAGCCAGAGCCACAGGUGUAUCCUGAUAUACUCACCACCAACAGCCAUGGCUAAAGUCCUGCCUUCUGCCAACACAUCAGUCUGUAGCACACUUUAUUUUUAUGGGCUUAUCAUUUUCCUGGCCAGCUUUCUACUCAGCCUCCUCACCAUUGUGGUCUUACUCAUUCAAGCCCAGACACUUUAUAAGAAGUUUCUGAAAUCGACUGGCUUUCUGGGGAGUGAACAGUGGGCAGUGAUUCACGUUGUGGAGCAGCGAGUACGCUUCUACCCAGUGGCCUUCUUUUGCUGCUGGGGCCCAGCUGUCAUUCUGAUGAUCAUAAAGAUGACUAAGCCACAGGACACCAAACUUCACAUGGCCCUCUAUGUUCUCCAGGCUCUAACAGCAUCAUCUCAGGGUCUGCUCAACUGUGGAGUAUACGGCUGGACACAGUACAAGUUCUACCAACUAAAGCAAGCGGCUCGGCAUGAUGCAGACACCCAGACACCAUUAUUAUGCUCACAGAAGAGAUUCUAUAGCAGAGGCCUAGAUCCAUUGGCGUCUACCAUUGCUUUUCCUACUAGCACCUCCACCAUUCUUUGAAACUGUAAAACUGGAACAUCCAGAACUGGAAUGAUUCUACACUAAUGGUUUGGGAAGAGUGUUUGGGAGGAACAUCUUAAGUCUUUUCUAACCAUGCCUUAAACUACGGAAGUGAAAAGGAAUGUAGUGCCAUGGUUAGUAGCUACUCUAGGUGAAGUGGGUGGGAUCUAAUCAUUAUUCUCAGAUUCACAAGUAAAGUCACUAUUCAGGGGGAUGGAGCCACUUUCCACCUAAGAGAUAGACUCAUAUUAUUUCAAUAGAUAUUAGAUUUGUCUAAGUCUCUUCUACAAAAAAUAAAUUCCAAGUUAUUAUUUAUAUAAAGUAUUUCCAGGCUCUCUACUCCAUGGUUGUGGGGGAAGUAGUGUGGCAUGCAACAACUUUCUCAGAUCUUCACAUUGCUGUUACUCUCCUUUUGGUUGUACAAAGUCCUGGGUUUACAUUCUUUGAAGAGUUUUGGAAACUCAGAAGAAGCAAGGACAGAAGCUGUCAAAAAAAGUGAAAGGGGCUCAGUGGUUAAGAAUCUGCCUGCCAAUGCAGGGGACACGGGUUCGAGCCAUGGUCAGGGAAGAUCCCACAUGCCGCGGAGUACCUAAGUUUGUGCGCCACAGCUACUGAGCCUGCGCUCUAGAGCCCGCGAACCACAACUGCUGAAGCCCGCACGACCUAGAGCCCGUGCUCCGCAACAAGAGAAGCCACCGCAAUGAGAAGCCCGUGCACCACAAGAAGAGUAGCCCCCGCUCGCCGCAACUAGAGAAAGCCCGCGUGCAGCAAUGAAGACCCAAAGCAGCCAAAAUAAAUAAUUUUAAAAAAAGUGAUAGUGGGAUCCUCAUACACACCACAUCCUAGUCUCUUACAUAUUCCAUGCCGUUCUAGGCCUUAACAAUAGGAACCUUCCUGCUCCAGAAAAUUAAGGCCAGUCUUUUGAAGUUACAGUGCAUAAUAAGAUGUAAGAGAAAUCAGGACUAAAACUCUGAAUCAAAAACUUCUCAACUCUCAUUUAUAAGCAAAAACCCAAGGUAGGUUUCAUAGUGCUUGGAAGUAGAAUUAGAUUGAACCAUAUGAACUUGCUAUUUUUGUAGGUGAAAAUGGUCUAAUAUCAUCAAUUUUACAUGGUUCAAUCUGGCUGUAAGUGCUAAAUAUAUGUGUAUUGAAUAAAUGAAUGAACAGAUGAAUGAAUGACUAACAAGUAGAAUUUAACCUUUGGGGAAAGAAAAGAUCCCACACUGAAGAGGCUCAUUCAUGGGUAAGGAUGUUUAAUGUUUCUUCCUCUUUAGCCACAUAACAAGUGAUGUUUGGUCUCUCCAGUUAAGUCAUUAACAAGGCCAAACUGAGGCCAGGGCAUCAGAUACUAUGAUGCCAAAACAAAGGGGAAAGCCAAAUGGACAAAAACUAGAAUGACAAUCAACUAAAACAUCUGGAACUAAUAAUCAGAUACUUUUCACCUGAUAAAUUCCCUUCAUCAGUGCAAGGCAAAAUCCUUAAGAUUAGAGAAAAUUGACAGAGUAGAUUAUAAUGGUGCAUUAGACAGUAUACUCUGAAAAGUAAGUUCCAGAGAUCUUUCCAAAAGAGUUCUCAGUAGAAACAUUAGGGAGCUCAAUAAUAGCUCUUUAGGUUUUAGGCCAUGAGCUUCAGCCUUACUAUGGAUGGUAACCUGACUUCAUUAUGUCAAGAACACAUCUUGAGGCCUCCCAAGAUGUAUAGCACAGAUUACUGGGUAGCACAGAACAAGAAAGAUUGCCUUACCUAGAGAGCUGCUUUAACUUCUUUUAAUUUAAAAACUAGUAAGAAUUCAGCAUAUAGAAAGACAGAUGGAAGCAAGAUUCUCAUUUCCGUAGACUUUGAGGGACACCAGAACUAAGGAGUCCAAUUCUUAAAAUGUCCUAUCGGUAUCACUUCAUAUUUGACUUUAUUACCAGAAGGAAGAUAAUUAUCAAAUGUAUGUAAGAUUUGUUCAUCUUUCUUCUCUGAUGAAUUUUUUGCAUUGACACUGGUGUUAGGUAUUCUAUAGAUGUAGGCAAACAAAAAGAUAGUAGGAAUGAAAAAUGAUAAAAUGUUAGGCAAGAUUGAGAUUGUCAACUCUUCAUCAUACUGAGAGUAGGAGGGCCACUAUUCAAACUAUGUAACCCUUGAAUUCACAUGUAGGAGGGGCAUAGACAUAGAUACAGUGGCAGUUCUUAAAAUUCCUGCAAAUACCCCUCCCAUGACUCCAUGACUUGUCCAGUUUACUGUCAUAGUGGAGUAUAGUUGUAUCUAUGCAGCUUUGAUUAAUACACAUCUUCCAUGAACCAUAAGUUGUAUCAUCCUUCACCUCCUCAUCAGCCCAGUCUGCAGCUUCAAAAAAUCUCUGUACCCCAAUACCACGUGUUCUGCAUGGGGACCUGGGUGUUUGAUGUUUUUCAAUGCAUGGGAGCCUUUGGAUGUUUUCUCAUAGCAGCCUCCCACUUUUUACAUCUUUGGCCUUGCACUUGCUGAAGACUUUAAAUAUCCCUUUAGAUUCACUGCCACAGUUUCCAAACCUGUCUCCCUUGGUAUUCAUUUCCUGGGCAACCUUUGUGCCCUUUUCAAAGAUUUUAACACACAGAUUCUCUAGGCUUCAAACCCGGCCUUGUCAACAAUAACCUUGUUCCUUGCAAGGAGUGCCAUCUUGCUUGUAGGUAUCCGUGUGGCAGCACCUGGGGGUGCCAUUACAGUAUUCUGGGAGGUCACACUUAUCCACACUGAGGUGGCAAGUUGUGGUUGCUUUUAGAGAUUCACGGUUUUUGCAGCAAGAUCCAAAUGCAUAAUUUAAACCCUUACUCAGCUGGCAUGAGGGCAGACAACAGUGAUCCUUUUGACAGUCAAGAACACUGCCAUAGUCACAUUCUUCUCCUUUAUCUAAUAUCUUAUUCCUACAAUAUGGCUUUCAAAAGGAGCUUUGGAGCUCAGUUCUAUUAAAUAGGCAGCCCUCUCUGUGCUUACACAACAGCUGGUGGAAGUAGUGGAAGCUGCAGUUGCUGAAGCCCAUAUCUACAGUAAUAAAUUCAUGCGUAGUACAGAGGUGCUGGCCAUGGAACUUGCAGGCCACAUGGUCAUGCUUCACUCCCAAGUCAUGGCCAACCUCAUGAGCUAUGAAAGCUGUGAAAUGUGGUGUAUCUUCAUGAAAGAAAGAUUCAGCACUGCUUUCAUUCUUGGCAGUGCAGAUACCACUGAGAAAUGCAUGGCCCUCAUACUUCCCAAGAAUUUGGCCAAUAAUCACAUGAGCAACAUCAUGUUUCAUCCCUCUCAAGAGAUUCCAGCCUUUCCAGUGUUUAAAAUUUUGAAGUGUUUCCUGCAAAUUCAGGAAGAUUUGCACAAGGGUUUUCUGCAUCCAUAUCCCUAACCCAGUAAGCACCCCUUUCACAUUAUAUCCUUCGUGUACCUGUUGACCAGAGCAUGGACAUCUAUUAACAUCUUUGUGGUCUUGGUAACAUUAUUAUUCCACAUUUGGAAUCACCUAUUGUCAACCACAAUCAACCUGUACAUACUUGGGAAGUGGCCACAUAUAGGACAUAGGAACUGAGGAAGGUUAUAUUUUGCUCUGAAAUUGUGAAGUGCUUAAGAGCUCCUCUUGUUUAUCUCCACGGAUUACACAAGACUCACCUGAUUUUAAAGAUAUGCUGUAAACCAUAUAUAUUCAAUAUAUAUAGGCUUGAUACCAAAGACAGUGCCAUCUAAGGUCAGGAUUCCCUUUUGCCCUGAGCAAGCGUUGAUUGUCACAAAAGAAUCCAGGUCGUCCUCUGAAUACUCAGUCAUCCUGAAUAAAAGCAAGACUAGUUUUCCAUUUUGAUGUGUAUAAACAGGGAACUUCUUGACAAAUAAUUCUUUCUUUUGCUUCAACUUAAUAGUAUGCCAUUUUCCUUGUU